CGUACCUAGCAGUAGUUAUACGCAACCAAGUGGAGAGCUCCAAUCCACCAGCACGUCGUACUGUUCCCUCACUCCGACGCACAAUCUUCAGCUCGAUCAAGUCCAAGCGAGAGGGGGCGACGGUGGUGAUCGUCGAGGAUGAGCAGGAACGGCGGCAAGGUGUCGAAGCUGGAGAGCCUGAGGCUGAGCUUGUCGAGGGCGCGGGGCGGCGGUGGCGGGCAGUCUUCGUCCACCACGGCGCGGCCGGGAGGUGGCGGCGGCGGCGGAGCCAACGCGUCGUCGCCCCACAGGCUGUCCUCUUCCUCGUCGUCCACGGCGUCACCGCCGAGCUCGUGCGUGUCGUCGGAGGGCAGCCCGGACGCGGCGGCCGGGCCGCCCAUGGUCCUGGCGGGGUGCCCCCGGUGCAUGAUGUACGUGAUGCUGUCCCGGGAGGACCCGCGGUGCCCUCGCUGCCACAGCGCCGUGCUGCUCGACUUCAACGACGAUGAGCAGCGCCGCCCACGCCAGCGCCGGUGA